AUGGUCUCAUUUAAGCUACGAGGUGAAAAUGAGCGCCGCCGGCUCUCUCAGGAAGAGAAACACGUUGCCAAUACUGCAUCAGAAUAUAGGCGCCGGGUCGCCGAAGGCGAUGGAAGCGGCCAGCAUCGAUCUCGAACAAUUUUGAACCGGGUGCAGAAUUUCAUUAGGGAGUCCAACAAGCCCUAG